AUGGCUGACGAGGAAACCCUUGCUUCCCUUCAACAACAAGUACAACAAAUGCAACAACAGCUGCAGGCCCAGCAGAAAGUGAUCCAGAACCAAGAGCAGUGGCUCCAAGAACAGCAGCAGCGCAAUGAAAAUGAAGCGCUCUCGUCCGACGACCAUGCACCGCCCCACUUGGGCCACGCCCCCCAAAACUUCGCUCCAGUGGUUCCUGCUUCUCAGGUGCCUGACGUGUGGUUCGCUCAAGUCGAGGCACAGUUCUCCACGGCACGCAUCACCCAGGACUGGACACGCUAUGACUACGUCGUCACCCAUCUAGACUCUCGCUAUGUGGCUGAGGUUUGCGAUAUACUUGCAAAUCCCCCUGCUGAUGACCGUUACCUACACCUGAAGAAGGAACUAGACCCUUGCCUGACCGCAUCCUGGCCCUUCAAAAUUACGCGCUGCCUGCCACAGCAAAAGACGUCCGCCGUUUCCUGGGACCCUCUCCGUGAUGCGUUGGCCGGCCAACGCGGCAACCAUCCUGUCACUUGGACCCCAGCCUUAACGCAAGCGUUCAAAGACUGCAAAACUGCUCUGUGCAACACUACGCUGCUCUCCUACCCCAAGCCAGAGGCACCCCUGGGUUUUUUCACAGAUGCCUCUAGCACUGCCGUCGGGGCCCCUCUCAUGCAGCGUGUGGGCAACAACUGGAGCCCCUUGGCGUUGUUCUCGAAGAAAUUCUCGUCCCCGAAGCCGCCCCCCCCCUCCGGCAGCAUCAGCGAUGCAGCCUCGCCCCCUGCGGAGACAACCUGGCCAGUCUACUACAGAGAGCUCCUUGCCAUCUACGAAGCAGUGCAACACUUUCGCCACAUCUUCGAGGAACAGCACUGCACCAUAUACACUGACCAUAAACCUAUCACUUACGCCUUCUCCCAACGCCGCAAAAAACUUCCACCGGUGCAGCAGAACCAACUGUCCUUCAUCGCUCAAUGCACCACAGAUAUCCACCACAUCAGCGGAAAGAAAAACGUGGUCGCCGACGCACUCUCUCGCGUCUCGGCUGUCGAGCUACCAACCGUUACAACCGACGCCCUCGCUGAAGCUCAGAAAACGGACACCGAAGUACAUCAGCUCCUCGGAAAGGGCUCUUCCCUUCAACUGCAAAAAGUUACCAUCCCUGGGUCAACGCACGCUCUCUACUGUGACAUAUCAACAGGACGAGUGAGACCAUACGUCCCUUCUUGGCAUCGCCAAAGCCUCUUCAACCAGUUACACAACCUCAGUCAUUCCAGCAUCCGAGCUUCUACACGCCUCGUGACUGACCGGUACGCGUGGCCCUCAAUGCAACAGGAUUGCCGCACCUGGGCACGCACAUGCAUUCAAUGCCACCGCGCCGAAAUCACCCGGCACGUCACGUCGCCACUCGGAGAAUUCCCCCUCCCGACGGAACGGUUCCAGCACGUCCACAUUGACAUCAUUGGCCCCCUCCCACCAGCCGGCCCUUACCGCUAUUGCCUCAUCGCCAUGGAUCGUAACACUCGUUCACCCGAGGUGUGGCCGCUCGAAAGGAUCACCGCAGAAGACGUCGCAUCAGCCUUCUUCUCCAGCUGGGUUUCACACUUCGGCACUCCUCGUCGAGUCCCCACCGAUCAAGGAAGGCAAUUCGAAUCUCAACUCUUCAGGCUCUUCGGGCUCUCCACUGGGUUCGAGCGUUCACGGACAACUAGCUACCACCCUUGCGCCAACGGGAUGAUCGAACAGUUUCACCGGCAGUUCAAAGCAGCCAUCAUGUGCCACCCUCACUCAACCUGGCUCGAAGCUCUCCCCGCCGUCGCUCUUGGUCUUCGUGCAACUUUCAAACCAGACAUUCAAGUCAUGCUCACGGAAUUCAUCUACGGGGAGCCGCUUCGCCUACCUGGAGAACUCCUCUCCGCUCCGACCUCUGAUGUAACCAGCUCGGACCCUGCAGACUUCGUCGCUCGACUCCGUCGCACAAUGACCGCGCUGCGCCCCUCACCAGCGGCUCGCCACAUCAAGCCGACCCCUUUCGUGUUUGAGGACCUGGCAACAUGCUCGCAUGCCUUCCUCCGCGACGACACCGUACGCGCACCUUUCCAGCAGCCUUACUCCAGACCUUGCAAAGUCAUCUGUCGUGACGACAAAACAUUCACCCUGCAAAUCAGUGAAAAAGAUGUACGCGUUUCCAUCGACCACCUAAAGUCAUCAUACAUUCUUUUCCAGGAGCCUACCAACCUCCGCACGCCUCCUGUAUUUCGCCGACAAAAUCCCGCAACGCCUAGGCUCGCACCCCACGCCACCCGCCUUGAACGCCAUGUGCGGGUCCUGAAACCUUUUCAACCCUGA